AUGGAUCCCUCAAUCCCAGAACAGUCCGAACCAAACUCCGAAGAAGCAAUCCCAGAAUCCCGAGUCCUAAUAAUCAUGACCGGCGGGACAAUCUGCAUGCAGCCCUCCCCAGCAGGCUUCGUACCAGCCCGCGGCUUUCAAGAGAAUUGCAUGGCCCGCGUCCCCUGCUUCAAUGACAACUCCGACAACACCUCCAUGGACGUAGUCACCAGCAGCCAAGCAAGAAAACCGCAUCCAAGCCUGCGCACACCCGUAACAGCCUACGGCCGGCGGGUGCGGUACACUGUCUUCGAGUUCGAAGAACUCCUCGACAGCAGCUCGAUUGAUGCGCAUGGCUGGGCGCAAAUUGCGAAAACCAUCGAGCGCAAUUACACGCUCUUCGACGGGUUCGUCAUCCUGCAUGGAACGGACAGUCUGGCGUACACGUGCUCGGCGCUCAGUUUCAUGCUGCAGAAUCUGGGCAAGCCGGUUGUGUUGACGGGGUCACAGGCGCCGAUGCUGGAGUUGCAAAAUGACGCUACGGAUAACCUGCUGGGGUCGCUGGUUGUUGCGGGCCAUUUUAUGAUUCCGGAGGUGUGUUUGUAUUUUAAUAAUCGGUUGUUCCGCGGGAAUCGGACGACGAAGGUGGCGGCGAGUGAUUUUGCGGCGUUUGAUGCGCCGAAUUGUGUGCCGUUGGCGGUUACGACUUCUAUGCGCACGAAUGUUAAUUGGGAUAUGGUGCAUCGGCCUACGAGUUUGGAGCCGUUUAGUAUCCAGGCUAUGUUGGACACCACCCACGUGGCUUGUUUGCGGAUUUUCCCUGGUAUCAAGCCGGAGAUGGUGGAUGCGGUGUUGAAGUUGGAUGGGUUGCGCGGGUUGAUUUUGGAGACUUUUGGUGCGGGCAAUGCCCCGUCUGGCCAGGAUAAUGCCAUGAUCAAUGUCUUGGCCAGUGCUAUCAAGCGGGGAAUUGUUAUUGUGAAUAUCACGCAGUGCCUCACCGGCAGCGUUAGUCCAGUCUAUGCGACAGGCAUGAGUCUCUCUCGCGCUGGCGUCGUCGCCGGCCUCGACAUGACAACUGAGGGCGCAUUGACGAAGCUUGCUUACCUCCUUGCUCUGCCAGACUCAACCCCCGAGUCCAUCGCCAAGCUCAUGUCCGUAUCCCUCCGAGGGGAGCUCACCGAAUCAUCCCUCCCCAGCUUUCGACACCCGGACGGCGCACUCCCCGACCGCAUCCAGACCCUAACAUCGCUGGGCUAUGCCAUCGCCCAUGGCGACCUCGAGAAGGUCCAAGCAAUCACCAAGACCGAACACCACUGGUUGCUGAACGACGCCGAUUAUUCCGGCAACACCCCCAUCCACGUCGCCGCAACCUCCCCCUCACCUCAAGUCCUCCACUUCCUGCUCUCGCAAGGCGGCUCCGUGCACCUCCGCAAUCGCGCCGGCCGCACCCCGCUCUUUUUGGCGGCCAACGCAGGCCUCUCAGAACACACGACGCUUCUCCGCAAAUCCGGCGCCCACCUACACUCAGAUGAGCGACCAGCCGCCGAGCUGCUGGCACGUCAGCGACCCUUUGUCUGGGGUCUGGCGGGUGUUGGGCCGAAAGAGAUUAGCCAGCGGGAAAUAGAGGACGAGUUGGAACUGCCGGGUCAGGAUCGGGUGAUUCCCGCGUCGGCACCAUCUUAA